AUGAUGGCACCCUCCACCAAAUUCACCCUCGAAACCUGCCCCAUCGCCCUCACCCCAGCCACCCCAAAGGGCGCCAUCAUCCUGCACGCCGUGUCGGGCUCCGGCGUCUGGGGCAAGGGCGUCGCGUCCGAGAUCGGCGCGGCCUUGCCCGCCGCCAACAUCGAGUACACUUCCUUUUGCGACAAGAACAAGUCCUCCUCCUCCGAGGCCUACCCGGCCCGCGACGGCGUCACCGGCCGCGCCCUGCUCAUCCCGCCGCAGGCGCAGGACGCAGCCCAGGGCGCGCCCGAGGUCUUCGUCGCGUGCCUCUUUACCAGCUACGGGAGCGGCAUCGCAGACGCGGACCGGGGGAAGCCGCCGCUGGACGUGCGGGACGUCAUUUUGGCGCAGACCAGGCAGGCGCUGCGGGACCUGCGGCUGCAGCUGGAUGAUCUGGCCGGCGGCGGGGGCGGGGAUGGGGGCAGGAGGAGUGUCGGUAGCUCGGUAAAGACGGCGGGGUUGGCCUCGCCGCCCGUGAUCUACUCGCCAAAAUUCAAUUCGGGGGCGUUUCAUGUGCCAUGGGAGCAAACUGCUGCUCUGGUCGAGGAGGCUUUUGCGGGGUGGGAUGGGAAGUGGUCUGUGGCUUGA